GAAAGAACGGUCCAAAGGGUCAUCCAAGAUGUUUUUGAGGUUCUGUGCUAAACUCAACUGUACAAAGGCAGAUCGAGAUGACGAACAGCCCCCGCCAAGAACACAAAGUCGCGUCAUAAACAAGGUCGAUAGUGACGUGUGUUCCACGCGAGGUGCCAGAGCCGAUGACCCCCAAAACGAAAGCCUCCGUGAAACCGUUAGCCCCCAGAGGGAAAACCUCUGGGAAGUGGCUGGGGAACGAUUAGACGAAGAAUGUCGCGAGGCCCUGGGUCUGAAAACCGCUUCCCCUGUCGCAAACGCCAUCGAAGAUGUGAUCAAGAUAACUGAAAAGAAAUACCGCGAGUACAAAGAAGGGGGGCUCAAGAUCCGCAAGCGCGAUGGGGGCCAGAUCAACUUUCGUGAUUCGGCCAAGAAUAUCAUUCUAUAUGCAUUGCAGGCGCAGGAUCUUAUCAAGACAUUGGUGGCUUUUGAUCCGACUGGUCAUGCAUCAAGUGCAUGGUCAGUUGUUUCUAUUGGUCUGACAAUUAUCAAGAACGAAAUUGAACGUCGGGACGAUGUUUUCGAGGCAGCUGAAUAUUUAUCCCGCAUUCUUUCCUACUAUGCGAUCGUUGACAAUCAUUAUCGAGAGAGAAAAGUGGCAAGCGAUCGGGGGUUGGAAGACGUUCUGGUUGAAGUCUACAUGGCUGUUCUUCAGUACGCGGCAGAGGUGAAAAAGGCACAAAACGAAAGCGAUACUGCCCGUGUGCUAAAAAGCAUCACGGCCCUUGUUCAACAGCCGCUCAAGGACCUCAAGGAAACUGUCGAAAAGAAAGAGCAGGCUGUUCAAAAGUGGAAAGAUCUUACGGCAGAUCUAGAUCACAGCAAACAAGCCGAACAUAUGCUGGAUGGAAUUGACGAUGCGGUGGAAAGGCUGAAGAAUAUCCAAUCAUACAAUAGAGGCUUGCAAGACCGAGAGAUCCUCGACUGGUUGUCCAUGGCAUCCUACUCAGAUGCCCAAAAUAACAAUGAAAAACACCGGGCACCGGACACGGGGAAUUGGUUUCUUGACUUGCCCGAGUAUAAAGAGUGGAAGACCACGCCCGGAAAGAUCUGUUGGCUUUAUGGAGCAGUUGGUUGCGGAAAAUCGGUCCUCUGUUCUACAGUUAUUCAAGAUAUUCAGGAAUUCUGCAUGUCUGAUCCAUCAAGGAGUUUUGCCUACUGGUACUUUCAAUUCAGCAAUGACGAAACACAAAAAGUGUGCAACAUGAUCAGGUCUAUACUGCGACAAUUCACCCCACGAACACUUCCUGCAUCUAUGAUCAAACUCUGGGAAGAGCAUCGCCAUCGAGGCAGUAUGCCACAGCAGCAAAAGCUUGCAGAAAUACUCGAUAUAGUGUUGGAAACCUCUCAGAGCGAGUUUUUCCUUAUCCUUGAUGCUCUGGAUGAGUGCCCCGCGAAAAAUGACGAGCGGGGGUCGCUCUUGCAAUUCCUCGAAGAACUGUUGGGGAAACAUCGAGCCAGAAUCCACAUUCUCGCCACGAGUCGACCAGAGCCUGAUAUACGCGCAAGGCUGGAACAAUAUCAACUCGUGAACCUGGAGACUAGAUUGGGAGAAGAUGUGGAAACUUUUGUCCGGGAUCAAGUUGCCCAUGGCAGAUUGUGUGAAUGGAACGAGUCGGUCAAAAAGCUGACCUUGGAGAAGUUGCUUGAUAUUCCGGAACGGCGCUUUCGCUGGGCUGAUUUGCAGAUCAAACGGCUUGAAAUGUCAAAGACUGAGGCUGCAUUCUAUAAAGCUCUUGAUUCCAUUCCGGUCACACUCGAGGAUACCUAUAAAGAUACGCUGGAAAGGCUCUCACCAGAUGAUCGAGAGGCGGCUCGCACAAUAUUGAUCUGGCUCAGUUUCUCUGCCGUCCCGCUGGAUUUGAAGACUGUUGCGGCUGUUGUGUCUUUUCGUUUUCCAGAAGACGUUAUGACAACCUGCAAUACUUCCCUAGUCACUGUGAAUCUCUCCGAUGAUACAGUGAUACUUGCUCAUUUCUCCGUGAAAGAGUUUCUAGUCCGCAACGAACCCGAAGGUCAAUGGUAUCAGUUCUCGGCCUUAUUUGCUCAUGCUGCCAUAGCCAAUAAAACUAUCGACUGUCUGCUUGAAACUACUGAGAUCUUAACAAAGACCACUGCCGUGCAAAAGCCACUACUGAUAUACGCUGCGAAAUAUUGGGACCGUCAUCUGGCCGAUUUAAGAGAUCUACACGCCAAUUGUACCGGUUUCCAUGGGAAGGUUGACCGCCUGUUUACCGAGCACGAUGUUUAUUUCAACUGGGUGCGCUUGGUUGAUUUCAAUUGGGAUUACGUGUGGGAUCAAACAUUUGAGGAGCUGGAACCGCCUCUAUAUAUUGCAUCAGAAAAAGGAUUGAAACCAGUCGAAGCAUUGCUUGCAAAAGGCGCCAAUCCUAUGGGGUCACAACUUGACAUAUCGAACAAUGCAUUGGUUGCAGCCGCGCGACGAGGUCACCUAGAAGUUCUAGAGUUGUUGUUGAAUAGAAUAGAUGAGAUACCUCGCGGUGUGACUAGACACCUGCUGGAAUGGAUUAAAACUGCCGAGGCCGACAGAGAAAAGUUGGCAGUCAUUUUGGACCUGCUUUGGGACAAGGGUGCUUUGUAUGGUCAGUCAAGAGCAUCGCAUAGGAUCAUGGAUGAAAGAUUACUUGAAAGUGCAGCAGGGAAUAUCAGAUCGGCCCAUAUACUAAUAGACGUGCUCCUAGAUCGGAAAGAGAAAAUGGGUGUCAAGGUAACUGAGAAAUUGUUGACAGAUGUGUUGUUGAAUGGCUACUGCGGUAAUGAGAUCGUGCACUUAGUUUUGAAAAUUUGUGACGCGGAUAUAAAGCUUACCCCAUCAUUGAUGAAGGCGCUACUUUCCGCACCUCAUACUGAUGCCGCGAUGGCCGUUCUGAAAAGGCGGGUGAAUGAUAUCAUGUUGGAUGAAGGAUGUAUUGGGGCUUUUGCACAGGGAAAGAAAGAAGCCAUGGAGCUGCUUUUGCAGGAGCGUGGCCAGGACAUCCAAGUCACCCAGAGUGUCCUGAUUACAGCCGCCAGAUUUACACACGAUCCACAGACAGUGAGGUUACUUCUAAACAGGCGAGAGCCUGGAACCGAGAUCAAUAAAGGAGUCCUCUUAGCCGCUGCAAAAAACACUUCAAAAGGCACAGAUAUCAUGAACAUGUUGCUUGAUGAGUGUGGGCAAGACACCAUCAUUGAUGAGGAGGUCAUCCAGGAAAUUGCCUAUAACGAAUACGGAAGCUUGGGCAUGAUGAAGCUACUCCUGUGCAGACAGCAAGCAGGCUUCAUGGUCUCCGAGCAGACACUAUCCAAUGCUGCUAAAUGUCAGGAUCGGGAAAUGCUAGAGCUGCUCGUGAACAAUGCCGGGGGCUCUGAACUUCCCAUCACAGGGAAGACUUUACGCUCGGUAGCUGAUAACUAUGUUCAUGGGAAAGCCUUGAUAGAGUAUCUGUUUGAUCUUCGAGGUCACAGUCUUCCUGUCUCAGAAGAUGUAUUGGUAUCAGUUGCAGAUGUGGAUAAAACUUCCACAGUGGACUGUAUGCUCGCAUUCAUCUUGGAGAGAUGGCCAGAGAUUCCGGCGAGUGAUCAACUUUUGGAAGCGGCAUGUCGUCACCCUAGCGCCAUGGGUCUGCUAUUGGAUCGACGGUGUGAUUGUCUUCCAAUUCAAACAAUGAUUCACAAGAUAGCAACUGACCGGUAUAAUGGAGGAAAGGUGUUGGAGAUGCUUCUCGAUCGGCGGCUUGUGGAAGUGGACGAGUGGCUGGUGGAAACAGUCGCUGGUAACAGCUAUACUCUGCAGGUCAUUUACAACAGGAAUCCAGAUUUUCUAGUGACACCGAAGAUAUUCGUCAACGCGGCAAGAGAUGUUGAUGCAAUGAGGAUCCUUCUCGACAGACAGAAGAACCAAGUCUUGAGCACAGAAGAGGUGAUCAAAGCUUCAUUGAUAGGACGAGGCAGUGCCAAUCACAGAGGAUCUCUUGAUAUAUGCCAUUCAGAACCACCAAUCGAAUUUUCUCGAGUUGCUUUUGAAACAACGCGUGAACUCAAUCUUAGUGCUGUCUGGGAAGCAAUAUGGCAGGAUCCUGAAAUUUCCCCAUCUGCUCUGGCUCGGGCAGCAGGGACUCUUGUUCAAUAUUUUAGUAUUGAUGUCUCGGAGACAAUGCUGGAGAGGCUCACAUCUGAGGGUUUUGAAGAAUUUUUCCUUUGGAGCGAUUAUAGCGUUCCCGGCAUUUCUGGCUGGUUUGACGAUUUUAUCCGCUUGUGUAUGCAGCACCGGAUACCGUUACCCACCACAGAGACAGCAUUCGAAUUGAUCGUGGAAAGGUCAACUUUGAAUACAAUCGAUAUAUUCUUGGAGGAUCAUCCCGACAUUCCUAUCACCGAGAGACACAUCCAAGCUGCCAUGAGGAAUCAAACAGAAUACAUGGACAAGGAUGCUUUGCUGUCGCUUCUGCGUUCUAAGUCAAGUUUAUCUUGA